GAAAUCUUCCUGGAUUACAGCACACACGCUUAGCCUCCACCCGGAAAGACUGAUCAAUAUCUGUUAACUCAUUUGUAGUAGUGGAACUUACGGUUUUCCAAUGAAUAAAAAAAAGGUCAGUGGCGUGUCGUGGGUGAAACCAGCGGAACCCUCCUUUCUGAGGAAGUUUAAAAAUGAUGUUGGAUACAGAGACGGACCGACCGUCGAUACAAAGCGUGACGUGAUGCCAGUACUGGAUGAUGAUAGUGGAAGCGAUCGAGAGGAUGAGCUACCUCAAGUUGUGGUCCUUAAGGGUGGAGACCUGACGGCAGAGGAGGUGAAGAAGAUCAACGCUGAAAUGCAUGCUGGUGGUGGUAGUGCAGAUAAUGACGAUGGACCUCCUCCUGGCGCUAAAAUCUUUUUUAAGAAACCAGCCAAGCGCUCGUCCUCGGACAAAUUCCAGGGGCUCACUGCCAGCUCCAGCAAGAAGAAAAAGAGUGAUGAAGGAGAGAAGGAGAUGAAGUCUGGAAAGAAAAUAAAGAAUAACAGUCUUCUCUCAUUUGGAGGGGAUGAGGAGAAAGACGAGGACUGAAAGACUUGUCAUUACAAUAGGUUAGUCAAGGAAGUGUAGAGCCUGACCAAUGAGGAUUUUUGGGGUCAAUGUCAGUGUAUCAACAGAUGUCUGUCAUUCCUAAGAUGUCGUUUUUCAACACUUAUGACAAAGAAAUGGACUUCGUAUUUUACAUUUUUACCAUAAAUUUGAUAAUAGACGAAUCUUUUUUUACUUAUAAAUGUGAUCAUAAAUGCAACAUUUCCCCGCAUUAAUCAGCAGACAAACACUGAUGAUGAUAAGUAUGUGAAAGGCUCAUUUUUAUUGGUCCACUGAUAAAUCGGUCGGGCUCUACUUAAGUGAAAAUUUAUUGUUUACUAAAAGCAUCGAGAGCAGAGUUGACAGAUGUCUGGAGUUCAUCCGCAGUAUGCAGCCGUUUCUCAGCACUGGGAAAACAACUGGUGUGGUCUGUCUGUUUGAUUUCAUUUUUAAAAGCAACUUUCAGAGACAAAUGACUUAAUGUAAACAAUUUCACAUAAGGAAAAAUGUCAUGCCCUUUGUUUUUGAAUCAGUCAUGAGAGUAUAGUUUUGUGCAAGAUUCCUCCAACUGAACUUGGUGCAAUCAGGGACCCUCGGACAUCCACAUAUUGCCAUCUGACAGGGUCUCUCCAUAGGCCGUAUAUUAAGAUGGAUGAUGGAGCUCGAGUUAUUUUCAAAUGAUGCAGCAUAAUUUGAUAAAAGGGAUCCAGGUAACACUUGGUAUAUUACCUUGUUGAUAACUGCUAAUUAAAUAUAUUUAAUGAAAUGAAAAAAAAUCCACUAUUUCAUGUUUGAUAAAAAUGUUGCAUAAUAUUGAACAACCUUCUGGUAGCUUCCAUCAAACAUUUGAUAAUGUUUUUUGUGUGUUUGACUUUGAGAGAGUAAAAUGACAGGACAUCUUGUCAUGUGGCUCUGACGGAGCCAUAUAAUCUCCUGCUGUACAGAUCCAGGAGACACUUGCCACUUGAAGGUGGAAAAUGCUUCUCAAACAUAUUGAGAUAAUUUUGUUCCUUUGUGUCUGAAUCCUUAUUUGUUGUCAAGAAUGGUGUAAUUAGAAUAGUGAUAUUAUUCACAAGUGCCAUGUGGCAAGUGCUCAUUGUAAAGUGAGUGUAUGAAUAUAUGGGGUGGCACUGUAUUAAGGUGUGUGUGCACUGUGCAAGGCAAUAAACGAUACUGCAAAGUG